UGCCAAACUGAGAAUCGUUCGAAUUCGAAUUUAAUUUCAUGUUCGUUCCGGUUCUGGAUACUAGUGAGUACAUUUAUCGCAGAUGAACGCCGUGGAGUGUAUUAUAAUAUAAUAUAAUACACAUUGUUGUCAGGCGGUGACCCGGUGCACACGCUACCAUUUGGUCUUCAGUCUCAGGCAACGAGCAACGUCAUCUGUGUAUACACAUAAACAAGUCGAUAUAUGGGUGAUACGAUGACGGUGACCCACGGCCGCGACGUGACGAUAACGCUGAAGGACAUGAUUCUUUGGACGAUGGUUUUGUUCAUGAUCACUGUAGACGUAUGUCGGGGGUCCGAUUCAUCAAAAUCGUAUGGACCGUCUCCAUCAAACGACAACUAUCAAAAUAAUUAUGAACCCGAGUUUCAAAGGCCGUUAGCUGUAUUCACGGAGAGACCCGUAAAUGUGGCUAACUUUGUACUAAUUCCGGUGGUGCAAGUCCCAUCCUCAGAUUUAAGGAUGGUUUAUCGGCCACAGAUUGAUAGUGUUUCAAAAACCGAACCAAUUGUAAUGUGCAAAUCGUUAACAAAAUCAUUUGAAGCUACUCCCGCGGUUCAAGUGCAGUUACAGCAACCAUUCUACUUGUACGAUGAACGGACGCUUAUACCGUUCCCAAAGUCAGUUACCAUCUUACACGGUGGUUACCGCAUGUCGAUCCCGGUCGGCAUGGUUGUAGCACCAGUUCCAGUGGAUCUCCUCCGAGCUGGACCAGUGUUCGUCACUACUCUAUACGCUAUACCCGCAGGACCCGUGCCAGCGCCGUCGCCAGUUAGGUUCGUCCCGUGGUCGUCUUAUCCACCGAAUCCCACGGCGCUUCAGCCAUAUUCAGCGCCGUACUCAUCGGCACCACCGUCCCAGUACCCUGUUCCGUCAACUCAGUAUCCGGCUGCACAGUCGCCGCUCACGCACUACUCGCAACCGGCACCGCCAUCUCCGAAUUACUAUCAACACUCGGGAAGCACCGACAGCGGUUACACCGAAGAGUCCAGCGACCUGCGAUACCGCGAACCGCCAGGCAAACUGUACACGCAAUUUUCGGCGCCAUCGUUCCAAAACUCCAAAGAAUCGCCACUGCUUCACCAGCUCAGAGAGGAGUCGGAAAAGAAUCGCAACAAGUACGCUCCGCCUUCUUAUUCUAAUCAGUACCAAACGGUGGACGCUGCGUAGACGAGUCAUUACCGCACUAUACUUGGCCAAUGGACGUCGGUGCUGUAUGCUUUCCGCGAGACAGCUGAUGUGCUAAUUUUUUAUUAUUAUUAAUAAUUAACGAAAACUAUUUUUCUAUCCAUAUAUUUGUAUAGGUUACACUUUUAUAACGAAAGACUAUUAUUCUUAUAAUAUUAUUUAUAUUUUUUAUUAUUUAUAAAAUAAUUUAAAUUAUAUAACCAUACCUAUAUAUUAUAUAAUAUAUAUAUAUAUUUAACUAGACUUAUAGGUCUAGAAAAAAAGUACACUUUGCAGUAGUACCGAGAGAAGAAUAAGAAACAAUAGUUUUGAAUUAAUUGUUCACUUUAUCAGGUACAUAUUAUUAUAGUAUUAAUCAUUUAGCUUUUUUAGUUUAUACUAAAAAAAGAAAAAAAGCAAUGACACUUUUGAAGUUCGUUAGGCGUUCAAUAAAUAUAUUAUAUUCAAUGUGUACACCAGUCCUUUUGUAAUACAUUUUAUAUUAUUUUUGCAAUAAUUAUGUACUUAUCGUAAAAUAAUUAUAUAAAAUCUAAAUUAAAUAUGUUUAUGAUUAAGGAAUUUAAGUUGGAUAAUGUUAUUGAAACUCGAAAAAUAUUGCGUCUCAACAAAUAAUAUUAUAACUAUAUAUUUAUAAUUUAUUUAUACUCUGAAUUAAAUAAUUAUAUUUUAAUUUAUAAAAACUA